GCCUUAGUGUGGGUUGACCAAUGACGUGUCUUGAUAAUGUUGGUGGCCACCUGUUUGUUUGAAUAGGCCUGGGGGGUGACACAGCCCCUUGACGAUGGUCAUCUGGCUUCCUGUGGUCAAUCAGUGUGUCCACGUACACUGUGGUGUGUUGAGUAUUUCCACACGAUCACAGCGAACACGCCCCGAUGGUUAAACACUCAACAAAGACAACACGUGUAGAUGUACAUAUCUCUUGUACGAGUUUUCUAGAUCAUUCUUGGAUCACUCCCUGGCACUGUCUCUGAAGAAAGUUUAACAACUAGCAAGUGCUGAUUAAGUUUCACCUUAAACUUUGCUCGAAGCGUGAGUUCUUAGAUCCAGUGCAAUGUCCAUUGCGUCCAUCCCAGACAGGCUUCGCGAUGAGCUCAGCCGAGGUCACGAAGGAGAGACCAUAGGUCAAAGGUUAAUCAACAGAGAGCUCAAUGACCUCAAGAACAUAGCUUUCUGGAAAGGUGCUGUCGGCGAGUUCGUGGGCUGUCUUCUCUUGGUUGUAUUUGCUGUAGGAAUGGGUCUGAAGAAAGAUGGAACAGAAGGACCUCCACUUCUGCAGGUGGCUAUUGGUGCGGGUUUCCUACUGGCAGUCCUUAUCACGGCUCUGUCUACGGUCAGUGGUGGCCAUGUCAAUCCAGCCAUCUCUUUGGGAUUUCUGAUCACUGGUCAGAUAAGUUUGGUCAAGUGUCUGGUGUACAUAUUAUUCCAAAGUGCAGGGGCCAUAGCAGGUGCAGGGCUACUCAAAACCACUGUUCCAGAUUCCUAUGUAGGCACACUGGGCGUAAUUGCCCCUGGUGAUGGCGUUUCCUCCAUGGAGGCGCUGGGUGCUGAGAUCAUCAUAACUUUCCUGCUGCUCUUUGCAACCUUGGCCAUGCUAGAUCCAGGUAGAUCAGACAUGCAAGGUUCUGUCCCCUUGAUGGUUGGCCUGAUCGUCACAGUCAAUGCACUGUUUGCAGCUCAAAUAUCUGGAGGCUGCAUGAACCCAAUAAGAAGUCUGGGACCUGCUGUGAUUCAGGAAAAUUUUGAAAAUGCUUGGAUCUAUUGGGUUGGGCCUAUGAUUGGAGCUAUUGUUGGAUCUCUGUGCUACGAUCUCUUGUUUGCAACCCAGCCUAUUGGUCUGCGCAGACUGUGCAAGUCUCCUGAAGUUCCAGACUCUGAGAAGGCUUACCCUAAAAAGCUUGAAAAGAAAUCUGACAAACCUUUGCCCAAACAUUUGGAGAAAAACUACCACAAAAAUGACAAAUACAAUCACAAAUCUGAGAAAAUUUAUCAGAAAUCUGGCAACGAUGAGCAAGUUGGGGACCUUCUGCUGAAAAGGUAUCGCCACAUUGACCCCCGUGAAAAUGAAAGUAGGAUCUAAACUAAUUGAACAAGAGACCCUGUACAUAGAGUUGUAACUUGAAAAUUUUCGUUUUUGGAGUAUUUAUGAACUUCACUGAUAAAAUAGGGCACUUGUAGGAAAUUUUUGGCAGGAAGUUUUUUUUUGAAAUCUCACAAAUUUAUGUACAUUUUUAAAAUAUAAGGACAUUUUUGGCAGAAAUUUUUUUUUGUUUUUUUUUGUUUGAAAUCUCACAAACUUAUGUACAUUUUUAAAACAAUUAAAAAUAUUUUAAAAGCUUUUUUCUUAAAAAAAAAAUAAAAAAAAAAUGUACAUUAUAUAGUUAUUUGACAUAAAAUUUGAUUGACAAAAUAUUUACCCAUCUCUGCAUUUACAUGAGUUAGAGAUUUUCUAGUCACCUAACCCAAGGUACUAUAACAUGCUGUAUUAAAUUUUUAGCUAAAAAUUCUGUUACAAGAUUAUAUGGUUGCAAUAACAAAAAUAUUGAAUGCAGGAUUUUUCAUUUAAUUUUAUCCUCAAUGUUGAUUUUUCUUUCAUUUGGAUAGCCACUAAGUGCCUUUUUUAAAUGUCCAUAGGUAGGUAGACUUUGGUGCAUUUGUAUAAAGUUAAAUUCCCUCUAGUAUAAAUGAUAAUUUGUUUUAAGCUAUAUAUGCUGGUACCAUAUAAAUUUAAUGCAAACUUGCCAAAGAGAAAUGUUCUGGAAUGAUUGUCUUUUUGACUUACAACAAUCUUUUUUCUAUAAAGCCCCAUGAUGUAAGGUAGCAAAUGUGAUUAUAGAUUAUGAUUAUUAUAUGUUGAUAGUUUAGUAUGUUGUAUGCAUGUAAAUGUUCUAAACACUUGUUGAGUAAAAGUUGGACAGUUAAUUACAUAGUACUGGCCUAAACUGUAACAGUAAUUUUGUACAUAGCAUAUUUAAUGACAUAAUAAAUUUGUUAUUGCUAUACAAAACAUUGUUUAUGAUCCAUUCAUUCUAACUACAGCUAUUUAAAUACUCCUUACAAAUUCAACAAUACAUUUUCAGGCAUUAGCACAAAGUGUAUUAACUUUUUUUCAUCCUCUUUUGUUUCAUUUUAAAAUUUAAUUUCGUUUUUUUAUUCUGCCGUUGUUUCCGCUUUUUUGUUACUUCGCAUUUUUAUUUUUUAAAAGCAUUUAAAUGUUUGAUUGAGAUUGUUUCUAUAUUUAUUUUGUUUCCAGAGAACUUGUGACCAUUUCUACUAUGUAGAAAAAAAAAUCAUUUUGGUUUUGCAAAAUAGGUUUAUUUAAGUGAUUUGUUUCACUGGUUCUCAGUCAUUCAUGUUUUUGUUUUGAUAGAAGUCACAGGUUUAUUUGAGUGAUUUUUCUUCACUGGAUUGCUUUCGAGUCAUUUUUUGCUUUGAUAGGUCAUAGGUCAAACCAAGCAGUAUUCAUUUUUUUACAUAUCAAUUCAUUGUAAAUAAAUGAAUUCAUACACUGUGCUUUUUUAAAAAGACUAUUUUCGAAUCUUGUAUUUUGUAUGCAUUUUGAAUAAUUGAUUUUAAAAAUUUAUUGUUAUAAUUAUUUCAUUGUAACCUUCCAUGUAUAAAUAGAUGAGCGUUUUUUUAAGUUUUCACUACUGUUGGAAUAUUUAGCAUGCAUUCAGUUCAACAUUGCUUGUACAUAUUUGUUCUUUUAUUGUUUUUGACAUACUUGACAUUAAUUUAGGGUCAACACAAAUGAUUGGACUUGGUCAGCUCACACUUGAAGUUGGUCCAAUGUUUCAUUUGUUAAAAUCAUGACCUAUUUUUUAAAUUAUAUAAAUGUUUGGUUAUUAAAAGCUGUCAUAGUUAUA